AUGCCCUUCCGACAACAUCCUCACCACCACCCAUCAUCAAAGGCUCAACGUGAUCAUCACUCACCGCGUCAUCAUGAUCAUCACCAACCACCAAAGACUCAACGCGUUGAUCACUCAUCCAAAGAGUCUCCUUCUCGUAUGGAUCUCUAUUCCUCUCAAUUUAUUACCUUUCCUUUCACUCUCUUUUAUUGGACUACAAUUGUGGAGGACAUUCUCCAUGAUCCGAUUCAAACGCCUUCGCAAUUGAAUCAAGUGCUUAAAAAGAUUCAAACGACCGUUUGUCAAGCGGUGGGACAAUCACCUGCCGCUGAGAUUCAAUCUCAAACAAAUUUGGAUUUAUUAGUGGAAGAAAAGAUUUUUGCAGAGUCUUGGCAAGGAAGAGUUAAAUUCUUUGAACAGACUCUGCCAUUCAUGGUGGAUUUGGUUAAAAAGUCUCCCAUGAUCUUGGGACCUCAUUCGUUGAAUCUCUACUACAAUAGACAUUGUCCAACACAUUCGACCAUUAUUUCAAAUGAAGGUCAAUUGCCUCUGAUGGGAAAUUUGAACCGAAUUCCACUGUUGGCGAGACCUUCUUCAAAAGUAAUGACUUUUACAAAAUUAGAAUGUGCUUGUAUUUUGGCAAAUGCAUUUUUCUUGACUUGGCCAAGACUUUCAGAUACUCGUGAGGCACACAUUCAAAUGCCAUCGAUUAAUUUUGACACCUUGUAUAUGGAUCCACGACCAUCGACCAUUGCCAAACUAUUGAUGAUUAUUCACUAUUUUGAAAGAAUUUCUGAAAGAAUGUUUCAAGAAAUUGCAAGUCAUGGUGUGAUGACCGUCAUUCGAAAACGUGUGGAUACAGAUCAAGUGAAAGAAAAAUUAUGUGAUUCAUUAUCAGUGACCACUUGGCCAAAUAUUAGUAUUGACAAUGAAGGAUCGAUUGAACAAUGUGAAAAUGCACUUCAUGCAGAUUUUGCAAAUUGCUACAUUGGAGGAGGUGUUCUUCUUGGUGGAGCAGUUCAAGAAGAAAUUAGAUUUUGUCUUUCGCCUGAAACGAUUGUCACUCGUUUAUUUGUUGAGAAAUUGGAUCAAAAUGAAGUGCUUUAUAUUUUGGGAACGGAGCAAUUUUCUGAACAUGCGGGUUAUGGGUCUAGUUUACAAUUUAAAGAUGAUUAUGUUGACAAGAAUUUCAUUGUGGAUGAAUUUGGACAUCGUAAUUUUACUUCACAAAUUAUGGCAUUUGACUCGUUGUAUUACAGUCACCAUGACAAGCUUGAUCAGUGGCAGUCUGAGCACAUUGAUCGCGAAAUUGUUAAGGCAUACGCUGCAUUUAGCAAAACACCAAAUCGAUUAAAUAUUGACAUGCACAACAAGAUUGCGACUGGAAAUUGGGGAUGUGGAGCAUUUUAUUGCGAUAAGCAACUCAAAUUCCUCAUUCAGUACAUUGCUGCCGCUCUUGCUAAAUGUUCGUUACAUUAUUAUACCUUUGGCGACAAAGACAAUUUGGCGGACAAGCUGCACGAAUUUAUUCGUAUUGUGACUACUCACAAUUUUUCUGUCUUUCGUGUUUAUCAAGCAUUGAUUUCGAUGAUACGGUUAGAUAUUAUUCCCAACCUGCAAAACAAAACAGAGAACUACUAUCCCUCCACUUUGAAAUUUGUUUUGGAGACUCUUCUUAAAGAAGAAUCACAACAAAUGGAUGUAUCAAACUCACAAAUUAUGGAAUGA